AUGCGGAGAGGCGUUGGUGGAAGCAGCUGGUGUCGGACGGGCGCCGGCGGUGACCGGCAGCUCGUCGCCGUCUUGCUCGUCUGCGUCGUGCUGGUCUCGUCGGCGUCAACGGCGGUCGGCGCUAGGCCCGGGCCGGCUGCUGCCGGCGGCAUGGGUAACAAUGCUCCUGGACCGGACGUCGUCACGCGGCCGCGAGGUGAUGUCGCCGGAGCUACGACGACGGUGCCACCGGUUGCGACGACGACGUCUGCAGCUGAUCCAUACCAGGACAGCAAGAGGAAAGUGCCGAAUGGCCCCGACCCGAUUCACAAUAGGAGGGCCAGAUGGGGAGAUUUACCGGCGAAGAGAGUGUAG